AUGUCAAUUGAAGAGAGUCGUUGUGGUUUUGAUUCAAAUAAAUGUGUUGAUUGGACAACAACUAGACGUAGUGGUUAUAAACCAGGACCAAAUGAAUCGAUUGAUCCACAAUAUACAGCUACGCGAACUUUUAAUGGUACAGGAAAAAGUUCAAAGAAGAAUGAUAAAAUAAAUAAAUCGGAAUCAAAGAAAAAAUCAGCAAUAAAAACAAACAAGACUUUGACAUCAUCAACACGUAGUGCUGUUUUGAAUAAAUCCAAAUCAAUGAAACGUAAUAUUAGUUCUAAUAUAUCAAUGACGAAAGCUAAUACUGCACAAUCACCUGUUUCGUAA